UCCUCCAUUAUAUAAGAUGAGAUGAUGAAACUUCCUAGUCGGUAGUGGCCGGUGAAUUAGUAUACUUAAGAUCCCCGACCGGCCGGCGGCGAAAGCAGGAAGCUUUAAGAAUUAGAGAUGGAGAAGAAAAAGUUGCUGAUUGUGGGAGGUACAGGCUAUUUAGGGCAGCAUAUACUGCAACAUCUUUCCGCCGGAGGAGGAGGAACGACGUCGUCUUACGAUGUGGCUUUCACCCACCACUCGCCUCUACUCGCCGUCAUUCCUCCUUCUUCGAGUCUCGUUUUCCAGGUCGAUUUGCGUACCGGACAUGGAUUCCAAGCCAUCUCCGAAGCCUUUGGCCAGCCCCAUGUGGUGAUCAACUGCGCUGCGCUUUCUGUUCCUCGCGCCUGUGAAAUGGAUCCCACAGCCGCAAUGUCUAUCAAUGUGCCCUCCACUCUCGUCAAAUGGUUAUCGAGCUUUAAAAACCGCAACACUCUCCUCGUUCAUUUGUCAACAGACCAAGUUUAUGAAGGUAUCAAGUCUUUCUACAAGGAAGAGGAUGAAACUAUUCCGGUUAACACCUAUGGGAAGUCAAAAGUAGCAGCCGAGCAAUUCAUUUCCACACAUUGCUCAAACUUUGCAAUCUUGAGAAGCAGUAUCAUCUACGGACCACAAACUAUCUCACCCGUUCCAAAAUCCCUCCCGAUUCAGUGGAUAGACAGCGGACUUUCAAAAGGAGAGAUUCUAGAUUUCUUUCAAGACGAGUUUCGUUGUCCAGUCUUUGUCAAGGACUUGGUCACCGUCAUCUCGACGCUGAUUAACAAAUGGACAUCUGAUGGUAAUCAGAUGCAACUGGUUCUGAAUAUUGGAGGGCCAGAUAGGGUAUCGAGGGUUGAGAUGGCGGAGGCUGUGGCCGACUUUAGAGGAUAUAAUAGGUCGUUGAUUCGAUCGGUUUCCGCAUCAUCGGUAUGUACUAUUUAUUUAUUUAUUUAUUUAUUUUUGAUAUUGUUUGACUGAAAACGACUAACCGAAUUUGUUUGGUUGCAGGUGGACCGAGGCGUAAAGUCGCCGGCUGAUAUAUCUAUGGAUAUAAGUAAACUUGUUCAUACUUUGGACAUUUCUCUUACACCAUUCAGAGUUGGUGUCAAAUUGACACUUGAAGCAGAAGAAGAAGCUGCUGCUGCUUCAUUAUAAUUUCACCAUUGUUUUCAAAUAAUCCCAUCUUUUAGACAUCAAGUACUCUUUGUAAAAAUAACAUAAUCAAUCAUGUCAUACAAAAUCGAGAAUUUAUUUAUAUUAAUUAUUAUUUA